UUAGUAUAGUGUUAAUCGGAGGUGGAGGUGGAGCUGCUGCUACUUGGACAGUUGGAUUCACCCAACCCAUUGUUUAUAGAAAUUUUACAGAAAUCGAAGCGAAGUCAGAGGAGCGGCGGUUCAAAACAAUUCUUUCCCUCUACUGCUCUACACACGCUCUCUCUCUCUCUACAGUCUUGACAAUUCUCGUAGUAGAUCACGCAGAUCUCUUCAUAUUUUUCUUUCUCAAGCAACCGAGCGUGAACCACAGAAGCUGAUUCGUGAUGAAGCAGCUUCACAAACAACCGAGCGGGAAUUACAGAAGAGAUGACGAGAACCCAAUAACAACCUCCUCUUAUUCCACCAAAACCCUAAAACAACCAAGAACCAUACCCAGAUCCAUCAAUUACCUCAUGAAAGAACAACGUCUUCUCUUCAUCCUCGUUGGUAUCUUGAUCGCCUCCACAUUCUUCAUACUCCAGCCAAGCCUGUCGAGGCUUGGCCCGCCCGAAUCCCACCAUGUUAUUCCCAGAGAAUUUCCCGUUAGCGUUUCUGGCCAUCAACAGAUUUUGAACCCCUCCUGGAGUUCGGGAAAUCAUCAAUUGGGUAAGGUCGGGAGAGUCCCGGCAGGGAUCCGGAGACCGGGGUUGAGAAUUGUGGUCACCGGCGGUGCCGGGUUCGUCGGUAGUCAUCUUGUCGAUAAACUUCUGGCAAGAGGGGACUAUGUGAUUGUAAUUGACAAUUUCUUUACUGGGAGGAAGGAGAAUGUGAUGCACCAUUUUGGGAAUCCAAGGUUUGAGCUGAUUCGCCACGAUGUGGUUGAGCCGAUACUUUUGGAAGUCGAUCAGAUUUAUCACUUGGCUUGUCCGGCUUCGCCUGUACACUACAAGUAUAAUCCAGUCAAGACAAUCAAGACAAAUGUGAUGGGAACCUUGAAUAUGUUGGGCCUGGCCAAGAGAAUUGGGGCACGAUUUCUUCUCACGAGUACAAGUGAAGUGUAUGGUGACCCGCUUGAGCACCCGCAGAAGGAAACUUAUUGGGGAAAUGUUAAUCCAAUCGGUGUUAGGAGCUGCUACGAUGAAGGAAAAAGAACUGCUGAAACUUUAGCAAUGGAUUACCAUCGUGGUGCAGGUGUUGAGGUACGUAUUGCACGUAUUUUCAAUACAUAUGGGCCCCGUAUGUGUAUAGAUGAUGGGCGUGUUGUUAGCAAUUUUGUUGCUCAGGCCCUCCGUAAAGAACCUCUGACAGUCUAUGGUGAUGGAAAACAAACGCGAAGCUUCCAAUAUGUUUCUGACUUGGUUGAUGGACUGGUGGCGCUAAUGGAAAACGAACAUAUUGGGCCUUUCAAUCUGGGUAAUCCAGGAGAGUUCACCAUGUUGGAGCUUGCUGAGGUGGUCAAAGAUACAAUUGAUUCAAGUGCUACCAUUGAAUUCAAGCCAAAUACUGCGGAUGAUCCACAUAAGAGAAAACCAGAUAUUUCCAAAGCAAAGGAACUGCUGAAUUGGGAGCCUAAGAUCUCACUGAGGGAGGGGCUACCAUUAAUGGUGACUGAUUUCAGGAAACGCGUCUUGAAUGAUGAGGAAGGAGGAACACUGAAAUAAGAUAGAGGAACAAUUUGUAUAGUAUGAAGAGCAUGUCAUAUAUGCCAUCUAGGCAUCUAUUAGUGUUUGUCUCAUUUUAUUCUUUCGUGGAUUAAUAACUUCGUUUGUUAUCAUUUAUCAUCAACAAAGCCUUGUCAUGGAUGGGGUCUGCAAGAUGAAAUCCUUUUCUGCCAUUCCACUAUUCGGUACCAACCAUAUUCAUUGUUAAAUUAUAUCCAUGUCCUGGAAAUUUCUGAUCCAUGCCGCAUUUGUAAAGAGGAAUAUUUCUUAGAUGGUGUUGUGAAUCUUUCUUUCUUUAUGAGAAAAAAGGGUUGUAUUA